UCAUCGGACCUUUUAAAAAUAAGAUGGACCAAGGCAAAGUGAAACUUUAUAAAUUCUUCAACGAAGUAAAUUUGACGCAGUCAGAGAGAUAAAAACAUUCAUGAGAAUCAAGCCGUGUCUCUUCCUCAAAAUGCUUAAGCAUUUUCCCUCCAUUCAAGAUGGAUUUCAAAAGUGAAAUACAAUCCGAGGUUGUCAAAGGAGAAUAUGGUGUUGAAGAUAAUGUUUUUGGACUGCAAAAUCCCAUUGGAAUUGGAAUAGAAACAUUAGCUUCGGAUGUUGACGAAAGUAAGGUAAAAUUUGAAAUUAUAGAGAUUGACGAUGAUAGCACAAAUGUACGCUAUCAUCGUUCAAAUGAAAACGAUAAUCAAUGUGGGAUCUGUGGAAAAAAAUUCACAAGACGCGCAAAUCUCGAAAUGCACAUGGAUAUUCAUCCUAAGUCUGAGAAUGAAUCCCAAGAAGUACCGGAAGUGCAGCCAAAGAAGAGAAAGAAUUCUGUAAAUGCCAAGGAGGCACAACCAAAGAAGAAAGCAAAGACUUCACAAGAGAAAAUUGAUGAAAAUUCCGAUAAAAACCAUUCAAAACGUAAAAAACAAAAGAAAAACGAUCUAUUCAAACCUAAACAUUUUUCCUGUGCACAUUGCUCUUCCACAUUUUCGCACAAGAAAUCUUUGGCUAAGCAUCUAAUAGUCCUUCAUAUGAAAAGCAAAAAGCAUCGAAAGGAGGAUAUUUCUUGCCUGAUUUGCCAGAAGAAAUACAACGAUUUUCAAAGUCUUGGAACUCAUAUGUGGAAACAUUCUAAAGAAAAGCCAAGCACAUGUAAGAUUUGUGGAGAGAAAUUCCUCUAUAAAUUCCUCCAUGAUCGUCAUUUUGAGCUGAAUCAUAAAGAGGAAAAAGAACUCGCAGAGAAAGAGAAAACGAAGCAAGUCUUAUCCUGCCCUCCCAGCGACAGAAUUUCCAAGACACGGUCUACUUACUACAAACACCACAAAACCCACAAACAUUUGACAACUCACAACUUCGAAUGCAAUAUUUGCUCUCAAAAAUUCAAGACUAAAUAUUUUCUCAAGAAGCACAUCGAAGAACAUCCGUCGUCCUAUUCCUGUCACAUUUGUGACGAAACUUUCACUGAGAAGAAUUCUUUGAAGGACCAUAUAGUCAAGCAUAUGGAAAAUUUUACCAAAUGUAUCUACUGCAGCAAGAUAUUCACCAAGCCAAAUUGUUACAGGAAGCACAUCGAGAAAUUCCAUACAGGAUUGCCAAGUAAACCUCCAGAUAAAGCAGUUGAGUGUACAAUCUGCGGUGAAAGUUUCCAGCAAAUAAAGGACCUCAAGUCACAUGUCCUACUCCAUAAAACUCACAUAGAUUGUAAUUUCUGCGGCGAAGGUUUCCCAAAGGAAGAACUGGGCGAUCAUAUACGCCAAAUUCAUGAAGAUGAAGACAAUCUAGAAGAAAUGAAGAAGUACUCUUGCCCUUAUUGUAAAAAAUGGUUUAGAAGUAUGAAGUAUUUUCUAACCCAUCUGGACAUCCAUAAAAAUGACAAUAUCUACACGUGUCCAAUUUGUUCUGAAACAUUUACUCAGAAAAAUCUUCUGAUAAAGCAUAAGAAACUCCACAAAAAGCCAUCUGUCUACAGGUGCAACUUAUGUGAUCGAGAAUUCAAGUCAGGAUGGUUAUUAAUGCAACAUGAAGAGAAACAUGAUCUCGAGGAAGACACCAUAGAAUGUCCCGAUUGCAAUGGAUCAGGAUUCGUUCUUGUGGAACAAUGUAACGAAUAAACAUCAAAUGAAAUAAAAAUAUUGUGACUGUCUCUAAUAAGGGAAAUUCAGAGGAA